UUACGAGGGCGCGCGCCACGUCUUUUUAGCGCGCGACACGUUAGGAACGCUGACAUGGCGGCUCCCAUAGCGUGUUCGCUGCGGCUCGGUUUAUGGGCUGUUAUUAUUUUUAUUUCGGCACUUUGCAUCCCGUCGGCUUUAGCACUGAUUGAAGGACUUUACUGCGGUACGCAGAUCUGUUAUGAUGUGCUGGGGGUCAGCAGAGACGCGUCUAAAGCAGAGAUCGGACGCGCGUACCGUCAGCUGGCCCGGAAAUACCAUCCGGACCGCUUCCGGUCUGGAGACCCCGCACUGGCCGGAGAGACCGCGGACAGCGCGCACCAGAAGUUCCUGCUCAUCGCUACGGCUUAUGAAACUUUAAAGGAUGAAGAAUCACGCAGGGAUUAUGACUACAUGCUGGAUCACCCGGAGCAAUACUACAGCCACUAUUACACCUACUACAGGAGACGAAUGGCACCCAAAGUGGACAUUAGGAUAGUCAUUCUAGUCACUGUGUGCGCAAUCUCCGUUUUUCAGUAUUACAGCUGGUGGAGCAGCUACACCGAAGCAAUCAACUACCUUACCACCAUCCCCAAGUAUCGCAUCCAGGCAACCGAGCUGGCCAAGCAGCAAGGCCUGCUAAACCGCACCAAAGAGAAAGGCAAGAACCGGCGUUCCAAAGAGGAGAUCCGUGAAGAAGAAGAAGAGAUUAUCCGAGACAUCAUAAAGAACAAGAUCGACAUUAAAGGAGGCUACCAGAAGCCCAACAUCUCAGACAUCUUGCUGUUUAAGAUUGUCCUUUUCCCAUACCACAUGUGCUUGUAUGUGGCAUGGUACUGCACAUGGAUUUAUCGCUUUACCAUUCUUAGAGAAGAGUACGGUGAGGAGGAGAAGCUCUAUAUCAUACGCAAGAACAUGAAAAUGUCACAGGCGCAGUUCGACAGCCUGGACGACCACCUGAGACAAACGUUUAUGGUGCGUCAGCUGUGGAUAAAAGAGAACUAUGAGGUCUACAGAGAAGAGCAGGAGGAAGAGAUGAAGAUGAAGAUGGCCACGGACCCACGGUGGAAGCGUUACAGACGCUGGAUGAAGAGUGAAGGACCUGGUCGCAUCACUUUUAUUGACGAUUAACUGCACAUGAUAUAGGCACAUGCAUCUGAUUAUACAAUCUUACGUGUAUGUGUGUGUGUAUUGUUCACACGUUUACUACAAACUUUUGUGAAGAACUUUGGCUGAACAUCACAGAUAUGAAUAGACCUGAGGACUGUAUCUGAACAGAAGCUGCUGUAGCUCAACUGUCUGGGCUCCACUGCGUGUAGCAGCUCUGCGUUAGCAAUUUGAGCAGUGCGCUCAUCCAUAUCGCUGCUGUCGGCUUUGGCCUAUACUCAUAUCGAGAGGCUGCCUUUCAACCUGUUUUGCCUCUUGAUGCAUCCAAACAAAUGAAAUAUUAUAUUUUUAAAAGGAUAUUAAAGUGACUGUUAAACAUGA